ACAGAUACCUAUAGGCCAGAAUGGAAACAGCAUAUAGCGCUUCCCUGAUUUGGUGUUCACCAUUUUCAUCCCCAUAUUCCUCAACUAAAUCCUGAACCCAACCCCAAUACCACCCAAGCUACUAUGGGGACAUAUCUCACAGUGCUUCCAUCUGCCAAUCCAAACUGCCCAUUAAGAAACAUAAAUGAAACAAUGAGUGUGAAAAUUCCUUACACACCCUUGGCAUAGACACUCAAUAAAUUACAUACCCUCAAAACUCUUUAAACAGGCAGAUCACAAUGCAAGAACUCAACCAGUCCUCCGUGACAGAAUUCAUUCUAUUGGGUUUUGCUCCCAACCCUAGGACCAACCCUCUGCUCUUCACCUUCUUUCUCACCUUUUACCUGCUAAUCCUCAUAAGCAACAGCCUCCUCAUCACCCUUAUUCACCAGGAUUCUCGCCUCCACACACCCAUGUACUUUUUCAUCAGUGUCCUCUCCACGCUGGAUGUGUGCUACACAACCACUACCGUGCCCCAAAUGCUUGUGCAUAUUCUCAGUGAGAAGAGGACCAUCUCUUUUGCUAGAUGUGUGGCCCAGAUGUACAUCUUCCUCCUCUUUGGGGUCACUGAGUCCUGGCUUUUCUCUAUCAUGUCUGUGGACAGGUACGUGGCCAUCUGCCAUCCUCUCCGGUAUAAGAUCAUCAUGAGCCAUUGGAUGUGCCUCCUCAUGGUGGGCAUCUGUGCAGCCUAUGGUGUGGUGGGUGGCCUGUGCUAUACCUUCUUUGCUAUGAAUCUGCCCUACUGUGGCCCUAAUGAAAUUGACCACUACUUCUGUGAGGUCCCUGCUGUCCUAAAGCUGGCCUGUGCAGACACAUCCCUCAAUGACUUGGUGGACUUCAUCACGGGCUUCAAUGUCAUUGUGGUCCCACUGUCCCUGGUUGUCAUAGUCUAUGCCAACAUCUUUGCUACCAUCAUGAAGAUCCGCUCAGCCCAGGGACGGGUCAAAGCCUUCUCCACCUGUGCCUCCCACAUCACUGUGGUCACCAUGUUCGCCAUUCCAUGCAUCAUUAUGUACAUGAGCCCUGGCUCUGACUCUUUGUCAAACAAUGGCAAGAAAAUGGCCCUUUUUUAUAACAUUGCCACAGCCUUCCUCAACCCUGUCAUCUACAGUCUGAGGAACAAGGACGUGAAAAAGGCUUUCCUCAAAUUGAUGGGACGGAGCAGGGCCCCACAGUGAGGCCUUAAAGCUGAAGACCUGGGGAGCCAAACAAAGCAGGACUCACACCCACAACCCCUCAAAGACUCUUCCAUGAGACCUGGGAGGGCUGUACUCCAUAAAACUAACCCUUCACCCUGGCCUAGGGAGAAGGAACUGAGUACUCAGACAACCACAGCAUCUGUGGUGACCUGGUUUGGGACAGAGGUGAUUGUGAAGGUAGAGCACAGUGGUCAAGAGCCUGGAUGACAGACUUGAUUUUAGCCAUUAGCAGGACAUAUGAA